ACUGUUGAGUUUGAGUUUUAGUGGGUGGUUUUUUAACGGUUACUGUUGGUUUCCUUGAAGAUGGAGUCAAAAUGGAUCUACAAUGGAGUUUCAUACAGACUUUGAUCAGAGGUCAUCUAAAUACUCGGAUAAGGUUGACACUCUGCCGGAUAUGGACUACCGGCACACCACCAACUUCAGCGGACAAAUGCGGUCUAGAUGCCCUGGGAAUUGAUCAAAAUUUUAAUGGAAGUAUUGAAGCUACUGUAGAAUCUGAGGAUACAUUGACAAUUAAGCACCAUGUCUUCAAUUUUGAGACAUAUCCUGUGGCAUUGAGCAGGCUGCAUAAGGAUCAAAAUCUAACAGUUGUUGUAAGGCCAUCUGCAGAAGGUUCCAUCACACUUCUUGUGAUUGGAAAACAAAAAGGUGUUGUUGAGAUGCUAGAAGGUUGUACAGAUGAAAUUGGAAGUACUUUUGUUGGAUUUGAUGCCAGUGUACAAGGGAUUAAUGUAAAUAAAGACAAGCAGUUGGACCUUCUGCCUUCACCUCAAAAGGAUUCGAACUUAGAGUUUAAAUUGCAAAGGUGAUAAUUAUAUGUUUUCAAUACCUUUAAUAAGUGAAAAUGUUAUUUUAAAUUACUUUAAAUUAGCUAUUAAGAUCUUUUAUUAGUUAUGAUCCUCUGAUGUCAUGUAGUACCCGGGAUGAUGGUGUUGUAGAUAAGCUUAUCAAAAAAGGGUUGGUUCUGUUAUAAAUAAUAUCAUAAUGG